AUGGACACCAUUGUAGUAUUUGCAGCAUCACUGAUGGGCACAACCAACGUCGCAACGAAGUCAUCACUGGUGAGCCGGUUCACGAUCUGGGAUUACCUGGUGUUCUGCGGCAUGCUCCUGGUCUCGGCAGGCAUCGGUGUCUACUACGCUUUCUUCGGCUCCAAGAAAGUGUCCACCGACGAGUUCCUGAUGGGCGGCCGCCAACUGAGCGCGUUCCCCGUGGCGCUCUCCAUCUUGGCUAGCUUCAUGUCGGCCAUUACUCUGCUCGGCACGGCCUCCGAGGUGUACCUAGCCGGCACCCAGUACGUCCUCAUCUGCGUCUCAUACUGCUUCGUCAUCCCAACCACGGCCUACUUCUAUAUGCCAAUCUUCCAUCACUUGCAGUUGACCAGUGCCUACGAGUACCUCGAAAUACGCUUCAACCAAGUGAUACGAUCCAUGGGAAGUAUAACAUUCUCAAUUCAAAUGCUAAUUUACAUGUCAAUCGUACUGUACGCACCCGCGCUGGCACUCUCUCAAGUGACGGGAAUUUCCACCUGGACAUCGAUCCUGUCCCUAGGAAUAGUUUGCACUUUCUACACGAGCAUUGGGGGCAUGAAAGCUGUCGUGUGGACAGACGUCUUCCAAAUCACGCUAAUGUUUGGAUCCAUGAUCGUGGUCGUCCUACGAGGGACCAUCGACCUCGGUGGGCUUGGAUACGUCUUUGACAAGGCCCAAGAGGGCGGACGUCUGGAAUUUUUUAACACGAACCUGAACCCUGCGGAGCGGCACACGAUAUUCGGCGUGACCAUCGGCACAUACUUCACCUGGAUGUCUGUGUACGCCGUGAGCCAGGCCAUGGUGCAGCGAUACCUCACCAUACCAACAAUCCAGGGUGCACGCACGGCCAUCUGGCUCAACCUUCCGGGCCUGUCGUUCCUAAUGCUCAUCUGUGCCAUGGCGGGUCUUGUCAUGUACGCUCGCUACUACGACUGCGAUCCAAUCAUGACCAAGAAAGUUAGCUCGGCAGACCAGCUCCUUCCACUGUAUGUCAUGGACGUCCUGGGCAAGUUCACGGGUCUUCCUGGACUUUUCGUCUCUGGAAUUUUUAGCGGCGCACUCAGCACCGUCUCCUCCGGAGUCAACUCGUUGGCGGCUGUCACCCUCGAGGACGUCGUGAAACGCUACAUCGUGCAAGACAUGAGCGAUCGCUCUUCCACUACGCUGACCAGGUUACUGGCGCUAACAUUUGGGUGCACCGCCAUUGCGCUCGUUUACGCCGCGCAGAACAUGGGCAACGUCUUACAGGCAGCUCUGGCAAUCUUUGGCAUCGUCGGAGGACCGCUACUGGGAGUCUUCACCCUCGGCUUAUUUUUUCCCUUCGCGAAUAGCAUUGUGAGUCUCGAUGCACUUUUGCAGCCAUUUUGAUCUGACAAAAAAUAUAACGGUCGGAACAGUAUGCAUUGCAUAGCGUCACAAGAACAGAGAAGCCAUUUAUAGCGAACUCUGUAGCCUCACCAUUUGCAUCGCACUGAAACAAAUCACGACUCCCGCCACGGUGGUCUAGUGGUUAUGGCGCUCGAUUGCUGACCCGAAGGUCGCGGCAUCAAGUUUCAAGUUUAUUUCGCAUUUCCUUUUUACAGGAAAAAAGAAAACGCCAGGGCAAGGAACAAAAAGCUGCAAAACAGCAGCUUGAC